UAAUACUUGUAGUUAUUUAACGUGAUACAUGAUCAGCAUAACAGUUAGCUACGUUGAUCUAUCGAAUACUACACUGCCUGUUGCCUACACCCUACGUACUUAUAUAUCCUCCAUCAAAAAGGGCUGCUUAUGAAGAGUGAAAGAUAUAAGGGUAUGUGGUGGGAGUAAAUGGAGUGUCUUGUGGUCAUUCGGAGUUAGUUGCUCUUAUGCUCGCCGGCCUCCAACAACUGUUCAGAGAUGUACGUUUACUAAAAUAACUUUGCCUUUCAAAGAAAGAAAAAUAAUGGUUUUUUAUAUCAGUGUUGAUUAGUUAAUUAAUUAUUCAAAGUUCGGUUUUAUAAAUAAUUAGUGAAUUAAAAUUAUUGGAUUAAAAAUCAUUGACAUUUUUAUUAAAUAAUCAGCAGAAAAAUUGGAAAAAAAUGCUUAUUAAUUAUUUAAUAAAAUAAAAAAAUAUUUAAGUGAUCAAUUUGAUGAUGUUGGUAUUGUUAAGAUAAUUAUUGGAAGUGGUAUAAUUAGAUAAUGUGAUAAAGGAUAAAGAUGUUCUUGAUGGUGCAGCUAGAACAAGAGUGGAAGAAGAAAAGAAGGACAAUGGAGUUAAAAUUGAUCAAAAGUUGAGUGAAAUUUUUGAACAAUUAAUGAAGACGCGAUUGACGAAUCGCGCGGUAUAUUAAGUUAAUAUUAUGUUAUCAAAACGAUUAUGCGCACUACUAAAGGUGUUGGCACUGGUAACAAGUAUUUCGGCUUUAUUGCCAGAAGAUUUGGAAGAACAACCGCCUACAACUGGCAGUUUAUUGGAAGAUUGUGCAUCCCGAUGUCCCGAUUUAGAUUUCAAUCAGAACCGCACAGAUGACAUCAGUUUAGAAGUGGGCUGCGGAGUAAGAUGUAAAAUAGAUCAGUGUGAAAAAGGAUGUACAGCAUGGGAACAAGCUUUAGAAACUAGCUGUCAAUCAAUAUGCAAUGGUACCCAAGAAUUGCUACCUCCAAAAGAAUUAUAUUGCGUCCUUGGUUGUCAUGAUGCUCUUAAUCGUUAUUUUCAACAACUCAAAGCGGAAAUAGGUGUACCACCAGCACCAGCAUUGGUUGCUGAUUCUUUGACAGCAACUUCGUUACGACUGGAAUGGAAGGGAAUUGAUAUCAAAAGAAGAGCCACUGGGAUUUCGUACCUAGUACAGUGGAGAUAUGAAGAGUUGGCUGAAACUUGGCAAUAUUGUCGGAAUCAAUCGUGGGGGGAAGAUGAUCAAAUACUUGUUGAAAAUUUACAGCCUUAUACUAAAUAUAGGUUUCGAGUGGCCUUGCUAUUAAAGUCAUCACAACAUAAUCCUGAGCCUAUAGUUUCAUCUCCAAGUGUAGUAAUACUUACUUUGGCAGAGGGUCGACCAACUUCAGCACCAGUAAUUGUAAGAGCAGCAGCAGUCGAUAGUUGCCGUGUGUCUGUAUCUUGGGAACCUGGACCUUUUGUCAAUGGUCCACUUUUGUCUUAUGUUUUACAAUUACAAGGAGCUGAUUAUACCCUUCUCAAUAAGGAUAUUCCAGCUUCAGAGAACACCAAUCAUUACAUGUUCCAAAACUUGAAGCCAAAUCAAAAUUAUUCAGUAAGUGUAUCUAUGAGAAAUGCUAUUGGAGAUGGACCACCAGCAGUCAUUUACAUCACUACACCUCCAGAACCAACUGUCAAAGACACUCAGCAACCUAUCUUAAUUCUGGGUGGUGAACGUGUGGUGAUGAAGCAAGGUGCAGACAUGCUUGAUGAACCAAGUAUUAUUUAUCGAACGAAUAGCCGUAUUCGUGGAGUAGCAAUUCACGUAGCUUCAGCACAGUUGUUUGUAUCAGAUGCAAUGGGAUAUAUUUUUCGAAUUUCCAUACUCGAUGAAUCGAAAGAACCAGUGGUGAUUCUUAGACCAGAUCAAGCUAAUUUUAAACCUCUAAGUCUAACAGUGGACUGGCUAAAUUCCCAUUUGUACAUCUUGGGUGAAGUGAAUCAUGCUACAACUGUUUGGCAAAUAGCUCGAUGUAAUCUAGACGGAAAAGGACUAACCGUAGCAAUGGCAGGUUUUAUGACCCGACCAUCCCAUAUUGAAGUAGAUCCUUAUAAUGGAUAUUUAUUUUGGGUUACAAGAGCAGGACUAUUCCGGUUGGAUUUAGCAGACAUCAGUAAUGGCAUAAAGCAUGAAGUUCAACCGUAUCUAAUUGUUGAAGAUAAAGAUUUAGGAGCUUUUACUGUAGACCAUACUAAUUUUCGUCUGCUUGUUCCGGAUCAUACACAAAAUACCGUCAUUUCUGUGUCUCUAGAUGGUCGAGAGAUUCUUAACCUUCGUGACAAUACUCAACAACCUAAGUUUAAAAAUGUAGUUUCUCUUGCUAUGGCGAAUGGUCUCUUUUACUGGACGAAUGGAGAGGAAGUUUUGACAGAAGGUUAUCAUUCAGGACAAAAUAGAUACUUUCAUAAUGCUUAUCCUGAUAGAUCAGACGGGUCUUUUGUGAGUGUAAAUGUAUUGAUGAAUGCAAGUCAACCAAUUCCAGUUCCUGUCAAUCCUCCGACCGGUGUCCAAGCUGUUCUUGGAGCAAAAAGAGCUAAGGUAUCCUGGCAAGCUCCUCAUCUGCUUGGCGGACAAGGUAAAGGUGCUUGGCAAAAUUGGUCGUAUGAAUUGGAAAUUAAAGACAACACUACUGGAGAUAUUAUUCAACAGAGAGAAAUAUCAGGAUUAAGUCAUGUAGUUAAUGAUUUACGAGAAAAAUCAGAGUAUAUUAUCAAAGUUGCUGCUUAUACAAAAGCAGGACAUGGUCCUUGGUCCACAGAAUUUCGUGGAAAAACAUUACGAGAAAAUUCUCACGCUUCUAUUCUGUGGUCAGCGAAUGAAGGGCUUCUGAAGAGUGAUGUUACAGGUGAAAAUGUAAAUACUUUAAUUUCAAAAGAAAGCCUGCGGGAUUCUGAAACUGAAUAUCAUAUCGUUGAUGUUAGUUGGUAUCAAGAUACUUUGUACAUAGUAGGUAAUAAUUCAGCACUUUAUCGAUACAAUAUAACUAGUCAUGAAAAGACUAAAUUGAAUAUCAAUUCUGUUGGUAGUGUGGCCGUAGAUUGGAUAGCUAAGAAAAUAUAUUGGGCAAAUCCAAAACAACAAAUUAUAACUCGAGCUAAUUUGAAUGGAUCUCAUCAAGAACCAAUGUCUAUUUUAGCAAUAGUUAAAGAAUUAAUUAUUGAUUCUCAAGAAGCUUAUUUAUAUUGGUCGACAGGUCAUGCUGUUGAAGUUGCAAGACUUAAUGGAUUAGAUAGAAGAUACUAUCACUCUGAUGAAAUAUUUAAUGGCAAACAAGUGAUGGGAUUAACUUUAGAUACAGAAAAUAGAUAUAUUUAUUGGAUUGUCAGAAGCUAUGAAAGUGGCUCGGUUGUCUAUCGAGCACCAACAUCAGAGAAAAUUUCAAUCAAUCAAAAAAUCAUUCCUGAAAAAGUAUCAUCUCUUCAAUAUCCAAAUAUUCAAGGCCCGUUGUGCUAUUUUUCCGAGCAUUUAUUGUGGCUUCAAGAUGAUAAAAAUGCUGUAAUUGGAGAUUUAACUGGUCAAAACACUGCUAUGAUUAAUGGAAUUACUUUAAUUGGAUUACAUAUGGUAGCUAUCAUAGAUCCAGCUCUUCAUCAAUAUCCUGAUGGUUUAACUAAAGAAAAUAUAUCUGUUAUUCCACGAGCAGUAGCCUUUGAUAGCAUUCGAGUUGAAGGAACUUGGCGGAAUUUCUAUGUCACAUGGGAUCCAGUAAAUAAUACUAAUUAUGGCACAGUCUUUUAUGAAGUUAAGUUUGCUAAUUUUAUUAACACCAAUUCUAAUGCUGAAAUAACUACUGAUACAAUAGUACCUUAUAACAAUUCUGAACAAAUUUUACCUUAUUCUGUUCUUGAAGUUACAAUCAAAGCAUUUACAUAUUGGGGAGCUGCUCCACAUUCAAGGAAAGUCCUUAGAACACCUCAAUCUGUUCCCAGCCAGCCAACUAAUGUUCGAGGUUUUGUUGAAUUCAAUCAAGAUCCAAUGAAUAAUAAUCAAUUGGACAUUUGUAUAACUUUCAGAUGGGAUUUACCAGAAUUUCAAAAUGGAGUAAUUCGAGGGUAUACUUUAAGAUGUUGGUAUGUUGAAAAUCAUGUUGAAGUUCAAAUUUGCGAUCAAGUAACUGUCAGUCAUAAUACCAGAGAAUAUAUAGCUAACAAUUUGAAAGCUAACACAAGCUAUUAUUUCGAAGUAAGAGCUUUCACUGAUGUUGGAGCAGGUCCAUUUGCAGACAUGAUUAAUAUUUCUACAGAAUAUGAAGAUCCAGUUCCACAAUUAAUUGUCUCUACAACUGAUUCUGUUAAAUUAGCUGAUCUAGAUCUAAAGUCUAAUGAAAUUCUCACCAGACAUAUUGCAGUUGAAGUAAGAUACUUUGCUACAGAACAAAAACUCUAUUGGAUCAACGAAAUGCAAGAAAUUGUGAGAGCUGAUUUAAAAGGAAACAAUGCUACUAAAAUAUUAUCUUUAAACUCGACAGCAACGAGUUUGUGUGUUGAUUGGAUAUCAAGAAGUCUCUAUUGGGCUGAGACUUUAAGGAAGACUGGCGAGAGUAAUAUCAUGAAAUUAGAUUUAAAUGCUUGGGAAUUCGGGAAACUUGUACUUGAAAAAAUAGUCACCACCAGCCAAAGUAUUGUUAAUCUAGACAUUUCGCCAUUGACCGGUGAUUUAUUUUGGAUUGAAUUAACUGAGGGUCAUCAUGCUGGAAUUAUUAUGCAAUCUGAUUUAUAUGGAGAAAAUGUUAAACCGUUUUUUAAUCAUGAUGAAGAGGACUGCACUUGUCCUUAUAGACCAUUAAUAAAACCAACAAUGGCAAUUGAUAAUACUGAUUCCCAUAAUGCUGUAAUGUAUUGGAUUUCAUUGGAAGGACAAUUAAACAUAGCAGGAAUCAAUGGUUGUGUCUGUAGUUCAAUUAUUAAUCCAGGCUUUAAUCGUGGUCUUCCGCCAGUGUCUCUAACUAUUGAUAAAAUAAAUGUCUACUGGUCUAAUUUAGCUGGAGAUGAAAUUUUCUUCGUCAAUAAAGUCUAUCCUAAUGAACAAGAUAUUAAAAGAAUUUAUUUAGAAAAUAUUCGAGGUAUUAAAGCAAUAGGUAAAUCAUUACAACCAUAUCCAAAUGCUGACUGUUUAAAACCUUUUAAAACUUCUUAUACAGUUGAGGAAAUUAAUAAAAAAGCUAAUAGUAUAACAAUAAAACUACCAAAGCCACAGAUAAAUUAUGGUUGUAAAUAUUAUAAUCUUCCAAGCGUUCGUUAUACAAUUCUAGUGUUCCAAUGUUGUGAUAAUAAUCCUGAUAGAUGUGAGGAAAAGAAAGUGAAGAUGCGGUUGCAAGGAUACUCGAGAGAGAUUGAAAUAAAAAACCUUGAACCUUUUACUACUUAUGAAUUCAAACUGGCGUUGAGUAAUUAUUACAAUGAGUCACAAUUGGAAUUUGGAUCUUCAGUGUUAUUACGCACUGCAGCAGGAGCACCAUCAGCACCAGUGAAUGUAACAGUUCAAGCAUAUACUCCAACUCUAGCAGCUAUUCAUUGGUAUCCACCAGAAGUCUUAAAUGCUGCUGAUGUCUGGUAUGAAAUUCAUUGGCGAGCACUGCAUUUAGUCAAUGGAGAGCGACCUAAAGGUGAAAAGUUGAUAAAAAAUUUGAAUAAAACUUCAGAUGGUAAAUAUGUAGAAUUAUUGAAGCCUUUAAUUCCUGGCCAAGAUUAUUUGGUAUUUGUUCGAGCUUAUCCAGCAGAUUCUAAUGAUACUUAUGGAGAAAGUAAAGGUCAGAUAGUCCACAUGUAUCCAGAACCUAAUAAUUUAACACUUAGUGGUGUCAGUAUUAAUGCUCUAAAUAUUACUUGGGCUCCUACUGUUAAUCUAACUAUCAGUUAUAUCCUAGAAUAUACAAUGGUAGGUGAGCUGGAGAAAUGGCGAGUAGCUCAUGACUAUUGGUCAAUUGAAAAUAACACUAAAGUUAAAUUUUCUAUCACAGGACUUUUACCUCGAACCAUGUAUAAAUUUCGAUUGAUUAUCAGAUACCCAAUUUAUACAGAAGACUUUAUUUGGCCUACAGAUGCACGGUUUACUUUUCAUACACUUGGAGAUGUUCCAAGUGCACCAGGAGUACCGAUUGUCACGAAAUUAAGGAAUUCAGUGUAUCAAUUAAACUGGGAACCUGCACAAGCUCAUGGAUCGCAUGUAACUAUGUACAGAUUAAAAGGGAAAAUAGUUGAUGAUAUUGAUUAUCAUCAUGAUAAAAAUAAUGAAUGGAAAUUUUAUUACAAUGGAACUGAUAAUUAUUGGAUCAUUGCUGGGGAGAUGAAUCAUAAAUAUAUAUUCCGAGUUCAAGCAAAAAAUGCAUAUGGAUUUGGAGAAUGGAGCAAUGCUAGUGCUGUUGUUGAUUUAACUGAUUGGACUGUUGGUGGAACUGUUUUAGCUGGACAACAGCAUCUAGGUUUAAUCCUAGGACUAGUUGUUCCCAUUGCUACAAUUAUUUUACUUUGCUUUUGUUAUUUUCUUUGUCUAUACAAUCGACAACGUAAAGAAGUCAAGAAAGCAAUUCUUCCACCACCUAUUGUAUCAGACGUUGAAUUAGCAACACUUCGUGAAAUUCCUAGAGGUAAUUUUGUUCAAUCAAAUACUCUAUAUGUUUCAUCACUUCAACAUGAUCACGAUGAUUCAAUGCUACCAAAAAUACGACGGGAUCAGAUAACAUUAGCUAAAUUCCUUGGAAGUGGUGCUUUUGGUGAAGUCUUUCAAGGUAAUGCUAAAGAUAUUGAUGGUCCAGGAAUUACGCCAGUAGCAAUAAAAACAUUGCGUAAAGGAGCAACAGCUCAAGAGAAAACUGAAUUUUUACAAGAAGCGCAACUAAUGAGCCACUUUAGACAUAAGCAUGUGCUUAGAUUGUUAGGUGUAUGUCUUGACACAGAUCCACCACUAUUAGUACUAGAAUUAAUGGAGGCAGGUGAUUUAUUGAGUUAUUUGAGGGCAAGUCGCUCAUUACCGCCUUCAGACUCUCGAGCUUUACGAUUGCAAGAUUUAUUAGCAAUGUGCGAAGAUGUAGCAAGAGGAUGUAGAUAUCUAGAAGGAUUACACUUUGUUCAUAGAGAUCUUGCAUGUCGAAAUUGUCUAGUAUCGGCAAGAAAUCGAGAAAAUAGAGUUGUAAAAAUUGGAGACUUUGGACUGGCUCGAGAUAUUUAUAAAAAUGAUUAUUAUCGUAAGGAAGGUGAAGGGUUACUACCGGUGCGAUGGAUGGCACCAGAAUCACUGAUGGAUGGAGUUUUUACAACUCAAAGUGACGUCUGGGCAUUUGGAGUAUUAAUGUGGGAGAUUACAUCGUUGGGACAGCAACCUUAUCCAGCACGAACAAAUCUUGAGGUUCUACAUCAUGUUCGUGCUGGUGGAAGGCUUCCUAAACCACUUAAUUGUCCACCAGGAUUGCAUCAGUUGAUGCUCCAAUGUUGGUGUACGAUUGCUGAUAGCAGGCCAAGCUUUAAAGUGUGUUUAGAGCAAAUAAUUAUUUUAAAAAAUAAUACUGAAGAUACAACGCUUAUUCCUGUCCAUGCGGGUCAUUAUCUCACUAGACGAGGUAAUUCAUGGAAAUCUAGUAGCUCAGAAGAAAGCCGAGAUGCUCAACCAUUCCUACAAGAUACUAGUGGUGCAACAGUACGAAUGUCAGAUGUCAAAGUACCAAAAUAUUUAGAAUUAUUAGCUGAUAACUCAGAGUCAGUAAUAACAAAUAAUCCAAUAGGUGAAUACGAAAUUCCAAGAUCAAUACAUGUUAUAAAUGAUAAGUUAGAUAAUAAAAAUAAUAAUUGUAUUCAGUCUAAUUCGAAUGCUAAUUCUGACUCUAAAAUUGAUAUUUUAAUGCAAAAUAAAAUUCCUCCAGAGGAUUGCGAGCAUUUGGAUAAUAUUUUAACACAAAUAGGGUUAGGAAAAAAAAGUAAAACUUUAGAUAGUUCAGAUAUUAAUAAUUCUAAGAUUAUUUCUGCAUUUACUAAUGACUUACGAGCGUCAUUAAAUGAACACACACGCUUGAAGAGGAAUACCGAUGAAAGCUCAAGAAUUAGUUUAGAUGAUAGAAAUUGUAAUUCAUUGGGUUCAUCUAUAAGUUCAUUACGUAGUCCAUCAACACAUCCGAGCUCUUCAAUGCUCGAAUCACAAAAUAAUCAUCCAUUAAAAAAUAAUUCAUUAGAAAAUACUAGAGAUAUCACAAUAAAUGAUACAAAUAUUGUAAGUAAUGGAACAUUGAGAUUACAUAAAACUCAUAAUUUGCAAGGUAGUAAAGCAAAUAUACCUCUUGUUAUGAAUAAUGUUUUAUUAAAUUUACUAAGGCAACCACAUGGAAUUGAUGAGAGUCCUCAUAUUGUUACGUACACAAAUGUAAAUACUGAUUCUACUAAAGUUAAUUAGUUUAUAGUAAGGAAUUUUAUAAUGUGACUGUUUUAAUAAAACAAUUAAAAUUAAAAU